AGUAUGGAUGGGGCCAUAAAGAAAUUAAAAACAUUCUCGCUGGUAACUCAGAAAUGCGCUUAUAUUAAUGAUGAAGGAGAGCAUACAUCUGAGUUGGCAUUUGAGGAGAAUCUUUAUUCAAGGGCUGAAUCAGUAGUUAAAAUCUUAUCUUCCUUUGUUUUGAUGAACCUCAAGGACCCCCAAGCAGAGCAUCUUAUCCGAAUAGCUGCUAGGUUUUACAAGGAUUUAGCUCAAAUAUCAAAGCUUAGAAUUGCUCCUAAAGGUUGCAAGCAGAUUUUGCCAAGCCUCAAGUUCCAAAAGCUCGUUGAACUAACUUGCAGGCAGCUCACAGCACCCCUGUAUAACUUUGUAUCUGAGAUGCAGAAGGAUCAGCCAGAGACUGGUAAGAGUAAGGGUAUAAUCAACAAGAUAAAAAGAGAAAAUAAGUGGGUCCCAGAUCUGAUCUUCCAGAUAGAAGAUUAUGAAAAGUAUCUUAUCCGGAUUAGUAAAGUGAGUAAGAUCAAUUUAUUGAGGCAUGCCAAGCGUAGCACUUCCCGGGAUUUCAAAAUAUUAGACAUGACAGAGAAUGCCAGGAAAAAUGAUGUCCCAAACCAUGAACUUUUACAUGAAAAUUCUGCUGUUGCUGAAAAUGAAUCAUGUGAAGACUCUGAAGAUAAUGAAGGAAAUGGAUCGGAAAAGAACUUGUCACCUGAACCUUGUAGUCCUCUAGCUGCUCAAGAUUCUGGAUCAGAUGGUGAAGUUGGAGGCCUUCUUCCUAGUACCAAGAGGCUGAAGAGGCGUAGGAUUGUGCAGGAGUCUGAUGAAGAAGAAUAGAUAGAACGACUGGCAUGCCU